GGAUCAAUCAGUUGACGAGUUGACCUUUACCCGUGCACAUCGCGUUCACAAUGUUGUUCGUAAUAUUACUCACGAUAUUAAUAGUACUGUGCUCAAUAGUGCUCCAUUUCAAGUUCACAAACAGCAAAUACUGGAAAAAGAAGAACAUAAUCCAGAUAAAAGAUUUGACAUUCACCUUUCUGUUCAACAAGCAAUCAAUGCCAGAACUAAUCAAAACGAUUUACGAUAAACAUGAUGAACCGUAUAUUGGGACGACGUCGGCGACAAUACCAACGCUCAUUAUAAAGAACCUCGAUGAUAUUCAAGCAGUGUUAGCUGGUGACUUCCAAAGUUUCUACAGCCGCGGAAUAAUAACCAACCCUAAUGACGUGUUAGCUGAUAAUUUGUUAUUAAUGGACGACUUCAAAAAAUGGAAACUCAUACGACAAAAACUCACUCCAAUUUUCACUAGUGCGAAACUCAAAAACAUGUUUUACCUCAUAGAAAAAACUGCCCGAGAUUUUGUAGAGCUGGUUGAAGAUAAUGUUCAUCUGCGAAAGAAACCGUUCAAACUUUUGACCAGAUACACUACAGCGUCUAUUAGUGCUGCAGUAUUUGGUAUAGAUACUCAAGUGAAGAAUUCCAUGGAGUCACCCCUUGUGGAUAUGGCAUUCAAGGCAUUAGAACCCUCACUAUACGCAAUCAUAGUGACUAUAAUUGCGAAUACUUUCCCUAAAGUACACAAAUUUUUGAAGCUCAAAACCUUCGGUGGACAAGAAGAUUUUUUUGUUGGUAUGGUUAAAAAAGUUUUAGACAGUAGAAGGCAUAACACGACUAAGAGACAUGAUUUUAUUGAGAUAUGUUUGGAGUUACAAAAACAUGGAGUAAUGCAAGACUUUACGACUGGAUACGAGUUGGAGCCAACAGAUGAACUAAUGGCUGCACAGGCGUUUGCUUUCUAUCUAGCUGGUACAGACACCUCUGCUAAUACAAUGAAUUAUACUUUACUGGAACUAUCAAACAAUCCAAAAAUCCUAAGGAAAGUACAUGAAGAAAUUGACAAAGUUUUCGAAGGCGGAGUUGAAGAAUUAAGUUAUAAUGACAUUGAUAAAUUACAAUAUUUAGACGAAGUAGUUAAUGAAGCACUGAGAAAGUACCCUCCAAUAGGUUUCAUGCAAAGAAUGUGUACCAAGGACACAGUUUUGCCAUCUGGUUUACCUGUAUCGAAAGAUGAAAUUAUCAUUGUGCCCCUUUAUGGAAUCCAAAAAGACGAACAAUACUUUCCUGACCCAGAUGUUUUUGAUCCGGAGAGAUUUUCAGCGGAAAACGUGUCCAAAAUCAAGAAUUAUUUUUAUUUACCUUUUGGUGAAGGAAACCGCGUUUGUAUCGGUACACGCUUCGCUCGCCUCCAAGUGAAAGCGGGUCUCGCCUGGCUGUUGCGUCGUUUUACUUUAGUCGAACAAAACAAUUGCGUACCAGAUUUCGAGAAAAGUCCAUUCGGGCUACGAAGUCCCGAUGCUCAUUAUGAAUUUAAGUUAAGAGAUAUAUAUGAGCUACUCAACCAAGCUGCAGGGUUGUUCGAAAGAGGUACCGUGAUCCUGGAAUAUAAAGAGCUUAAGGAGGACCAUGGAACUCUAGUAGUGCGCAUCCCGUUCAUCAUGUUAUUGUCAAUAUUAUUCACGAUAUUUAUAAUAUUGUGCUCAAUAGUGUUAUACUUUAAGGUAACGAACAGUAACUACUGGAAGAAAUGGAACAUAUUGCAGAUAAGUGAUGUGUCAUUAGAAUUUUUAUUUAGUAAGGAAUCUUUGCCAAUAAUUGUCAAAAGAAUGUAUGAUGAACAUGAUGUUCCUCAUAUUGGAACGACUUCAGCGACAAUCCCAACGCUAAUUGUAAAGAACGUCGAUGAUAUUCAAGCAGUGUUAGCUGGUGACUUUCAAAGUUUCCACAGCCGAGGAAUAAUAAGCAACGCAAAUGACUUACUAGCAGAUAACUUGUUAUUCAUGAAUGAUUUCCACAGAUGGAAACUCAUAAGGCAAAAACUCAGCCCAGUCUUUACGAGUGCUAAGCUCAAAAAUAUGUUUUAUAUCAUAGAGAGAUGUGCCCGAGAUUUUGUGGAAUUGGUUGAACAUAAUGCUCAUCUGAGAAAGGUUCCAUUCAAUCUGAUAAGCAGAUACACCACAGCAUCGAUCAGUGCUGCUGUAUUCGGUAUAGAUACUCAAGUAAAGAGUACCAUGGAAUCACCAUUCGUUGAAUUGGCAUUUAGAGCUUUACGACCAUCGUUUAUACAAAAUGUAAUAGUUGUUAUUGCAAAUACUUUCCCUAGAUUGUACAAACUCUUGCAGUUGAAACUUUUUGGUGAACAUGAAGAAUUUUUUGUGGGUGCAGUGAAAACUGUUUUAGAAAGUAGGAGGCAUGAUACUACUAAAAGAUAUGAUUUUAUUGAGAUUUGCUUGGAACUACAGAAGAAUGGAAUAAUGCAGGACUUCGCAACUGGAUAUAAAUUGGAGCCGACCGACGAAUUGAUGGCUGCUCAAGCAUUCUUCUUUUUUGUCGCUGGUGCAGACACCUCUGCUAACACAAUGCAUUAUUCUUUGUUAGAGCUGUCAAACAAUCCAAAAAUCUUGGCAAAACUACAUGAGGAAAUUGACAAAGUUUUCGAAGGUGGAGCUGGGGAACUAACUUAUAAUGACAUUGAUAAGUUACAAUAUUUAGAUCAGGUUAUAAAUGAAGCAAUGAGAAAGUAUCCUCCAGUAGGUGUCAUGCAAAGAUUGUGCACUAAAGAUACAGUUCUACCGUCUGGUAUACCCAUAGCAAAAGGUAACACAAUCAUUAUUCCAGUGUUCGGUCUUCAUAGAGACGAAAAAUACUUCGAUGACCCACAUGUAUUUGAUCCGGAUAGAUUUUUACCAGAAAACGUAUCCAAAAUCAAGAAUUAUGCUUAUUUACCUUUUGGUGAAGGAAACCGCAUUUGUAUUGGAGUACGCUUCGCUCGCCUCCAAGUGAAAGCGGGUCUCGCCUGGCUGUUACGUCGUUUUACCUUAGUCGAACAGGACAAUUGCAUACCAGAAUUCGAGAAAAGUCCAUUCGGUCUACGAAGCCCCGAUGCUUGUUAUGAAUUAAAGUUAAGAGACAUAUAAAUCCCAAUAACUACAAAUUUACAAAAUUGAAUGUCGCGUACACUUUUGCGUACAACUGCUACGUAACAUGAAGUUUUUGUACGCGCAAGAAAAUCCCCUUUGUUUACUUUUAUAUUUGUUGUUGUUAUUAAAAGAAUCGACUAUCAUUUUCAAACUCAAA